GAUCUGCAAACAUAGUAAGGUAGAAGAUUUAUUUAAAAGCGAUGUAUUUUAAUUCGCUUAUUAUGUUUCGUACACAUGUUCGUUUCUGUGAUCUUUAUUCCGAUAGGUGCAUAUGAAAUCGGUAACACCCUACAAUUGGCUGACGUCAUAGUGAUAAGUGUUUAUCAGCCCAUUAAAAAUUAAUUAAUUCGUGGCAAAAAUAUGUUCUUUUGAGUAUACUGACUAUUCAUCAUUACCAAUUUGUUAUUUUCGCUGUUUUUGACACAAUCCUGGUUUUUUGCAAAGAUAAAUGAUUGAAAUAAAUGCAGAGCUGAAUCUAAGUUUUACAUUAAGAAGGCCGAUAGUCUUAGUUACUAGUUGCCUUGCUAAAUGUAAUGUAAUUAUUUAUAAUUAUAUUUCAUAAAAAUAAAUAAAUUUACAUUAAGAUUAAGAUAUUCAACAUGUGGAUUUGGGAAUAUUUUAUAAAUUAUCGAAGACGUGAAAAGCAUAUAAAGGCUCUCAGUGAGCCCGUUGUUACAUUUGGAACUGGCGCCGCUGCAUUUUGUGCCUUGUACUUAAUUUUCGGAUAUGGUGCACAAUUGCUGUGCAAUACAAUUGGCGUUGCCUAUCCUGCUUACAUUUCCAUACAUGCCAUAGAGUCGAGUACAAAACUGGACGAUACUAGAUGGUUAAUUUACUGGGUGACUUAUGCCAUAUUGUCAUUAAUUGAAUACUUCUCCGGUUUUCUUACUUCGGUCAUACCUUUUUACUGGUUGCUUAAGUGCGCAUUCUUAAUUUGGUGUAUGCUGCCUAUCGAAAGGAAUGGUUCCUUCGUCAUCUACCACAGCGUCGUACGACCAUAUUUUCUGAAGCACCACCGAGCUGCUGAUGAAUUUAUUGAUAAAGUGGCUGCAAAAGCAAAGGACUCUAUUCAUAGUAUCACCAAACAAGAUUAAAUUAUUGGAGGCAAUUUGCAGCAUUACUUUUUACUUGAGGUGAAUGCUUGCAUAUCCUAAAAAAGUAAACUCAUGUAAGAAUGUAAACUAAACGGAAGCUUGAAGAGGGAAACAACAAAAAACAUAUGAAACAAAGACAGAAACCACAAAGAACAAAGAGCUAGUAAAAAUAUAUUUCACAUGGCAACAUUUCUUUAUAUAUGGCUGGCUUCGCGGAGUUUCUGAGCCCACAAAUCUGAAUUAAAUUGAAUCAAAAAUAAAAUUUUAGUAUACCGUUUUUAGAAAUCACGAAUACAAGAGCUACGUAUAAUCGGAAAAACCUUGUUAUUGUGCAUUUUAAGUCAAAUAUUUGAAUGUCUGAAGAAUACGUACGUAAUAAAAGAAGUAUUUGCACUGCUGUUAUGAACAUAA